AUGGAACUGUGUGAGUUGUACUCCCUGGUUGCGGUGUGCGAUGCAGUGGGCACAGCUUUCAAGACCUGGACGGUCUCGCAGAUAGCAACUUUGUCCGACCUAUCCGCAGCGGAACUGAAGUCGAUUCUGGACAGGCGGGUUGGCCGGGUUUGCAAUGAAGAAGAGACAGCGAGCUUUUCUGCUCUGGUGGCUGCGGCGGAGUUGUCGGCACGGUUCUCUUGGACUUCUCACACAGGCAUACAGUCUCUGGCUUGGGCUGGCUUGGCUAUGAAACAGGCACGCUACCAUCGUUUCAGCCCGCUUCCGGAGGUGCAGUGUGCUGCGCCGUUACCGGAUGGGGCACCAGCUAAGCGGCUGCGUUCGUCAAGGGUCGCUACAGGGUGGCGGGCUGGCGAAGGCGCAAAAGAUGCGGGCUUUGGCUAUUGUGAUGAGCAGAGGCAGGCCACGGAAGCGCGCGAUCGUGCCCGUUGGAUUGGGGGCUUGUCGAAGCUCAUCCGGCAGGCUUCUUUGCCUGCUGCCAUAGGCCUGGCAGGGGCUGGGGCCGAGCGGGCUAUGCAGCGCCUAGGGAAAGGACGUAGGGCAUCUACUUUGCGUAAGCAUGUGCGGACAUGGUCGCGAGUGCAUGAGUGGGUGCUUGGCGCAUUCGGGGUGGCGUGGCCAUCUGCGGCUCAUUUUGUGGCCUAUCUGGAGGCACGUGCAGCAGAACCCUGCGGCCGCUCUGUUCCUGGCAGCUGCCUCAAGUCGUUGAUGUUCAUUGAGUCUGCUGGCGAGCUGCAUGCGUCUGACAAGAUCAGUGCUCAUCCGGCGGUGCGGAACUGUCUGGAGGAGUUAUCUGUGGAGCUGGCAGACAAGAACCUUCGGGGCAAGAAGCAGGCCUGCCAGUUGCUGGUGUCCCAGGUGUGUGCCAUGGAACGCCUUGUUGUGCUUGAUGCCGCGCCUCUCUUCGUUCGCGCUUUUGCUUGGUUUAAGUUGGUUAAGUUGUGGGGUUGCCUUCGUUAUUCUGAUACCGAAGGUAUGCCCGCAAGGACGGUCCAACUGCAGCGGCGUGGUCUGAGUGCUCGCUUGGAGCGCACGAAAACCAGUGGUGCUGGGAAGAAGCGCGAGGUUCUCUACGCGUAUGUUUCAAAGGACGCUUGGCUUGUGUGUGACGAGUGGCUGGCAUGUGGCUGGAAAAUCUGGUGCGAUAUGAGCAAAGCAGCUGACCUGGAUGGCCGGGAUUUCUUCUUGGCCCGACCUCGCAAGGACUUGGAUGGCCUUUCGGGGAAAAUGGCGCGUUAUUGUCAUUCUGCGGCCAUGUCGCAAGCUUUAUUUCAGCGGCUGAAAGGGGUUUCCCGCGAGGCGGCUGCCGGCGAGGUGCCGCUGAUGUUUGCUGGCAUAGGCACUUUGUGGACUGAACACUCUGAGCGGGCGACGAUGCGGAGCUGGGCAGACGCUUGUGAAGUUCCCCCUGCUGCUUGCAAGCAGAUGGGUCGCUGGCAGCCAUCCACAGAUGAGGCCUAUGUUCGUUCAGAGCGUGGCAAUGUGGAGCGGGCACAAGCGCGGGUUGCCCGAACCAUCCGUGCUAGGUGGGCUGGUCCGGACUUCUUGGACGAGGAGUCGGUUCUCUCCAAAGUGGCAGAUCGACUGCAAUCCCUUGAUGUGGACGAGACAGCAACCUCUGUGCAACUGGACUUGUUGAGGUCUUUUGUUGGCGCGGGCGCUGCUGAGAUGGAGACCGCCUCGAUCACUGCUAGCAAGCGGUCAGAUGAUGGUACGGAUGAUGAUGCGUUGCCCAGUGCCUCACCAUCACAGGCAAUGACAGGGCUUGUCGAGGACGAAGAUGUCGGCGAGACAGGUGGUCAUUUGGGCUGCUAUUUUAUCAGCAUAGUCGGGUCAUCGCGUCGGCGAACCCUACACAAAGGAGGGGAAUGCCACAGGGUGCCUGGAGUACAUUAUCGUAACUUCAUGGAGUGCGGCAAUGAGCGUCCAGAGCGCGGCCAGUUCGAUCAGGUCUGCCGUGAUUGCUUUCCGAGCGGCAGCGUCGCACUGGCUAGCAGCAGCGACGAGGGGGAUGUUUCCUCUGCUUCAGCUUCUUCGUCCUUCUCGAAGGUGUCCUCUACAGCUAGGAGUGAGUCGGUAUGA